UGUUAAACUAUAUAAAUUGAAUUGUUUAAGUGCAUUCUAACUUUGUUUUUUUUUAGGUCGGGGGGGCGGCCUCGGGGCACGACGGUGCCUCGAGGCUGCUGGUGGGAGGGCGGAGGGCGGCCUCUACUUUUUUCUUUCAAAGAUUUCCUUUUUAUAACAAUUUGGUGACUCCUUAGUUAUUUUUUUUCUAAAAUUUGUAAAUUUGGCAAGACUUAGGGCAGGCACAAUGAUUUAAGACUUAGUUAGCACAGUCGUUUGCUAAACGAAGAAAAUGAAAACAUUUGUUUUUAUAUUUUCAACUAACUCCUUAAUAUUAAUGUACCAAAAUCAAUUAUUGUCUGUUUUUGGCUGUUUUAACUUAUGACUAUACACUUGCAGUUCUACAUUUUGCAACAAUGGUUGUGUGUGUUUCACGGGUAGAAGAAAGAAAAAAGUAUGUAGGUCAAAUGAAUGAGAAAAUUACAUGGUCUUAAUCUCUUUCAUAUUCUCAAUGUUGCUUUCGACAUUACAAUUUAAGAGCAUUUAUAAGGUUGACAGUCUAGUCUGAAUUAUAUGGAUGUUUUAGGUCCAAUUAGCAAAAGCUUAGUCUUGGUUUGUUAAAGUACCAUAUGAUGAAGCCUAUACCUGUAGUAUUGUUGAAUACAAUUUCUUUUGUGAACGGCAAGCAGGUUGUUGCAGAAAAUCCAAUAUCCCAAGCUAAAGCGGAAUCUGAAAUCCUUCAGGGACAUUGUGGUUCUUGUUGGGCUUGUUGUGGUGCUGCUGAGUCGUUGUCUGAUUGUUUCUGUAUUCAUUUUGGCUGGAAUAUCUCUGUGUCAGCAAAUGAUAUCGUAGCAUGCUGUGGUGGUCACUGAAGAGGUCAUACUGUUUUGUUUUAUACACUUCUUGUACUUCUGAGAAAAUACAUCUUUUUAGGAUUUUUAUAUCCAUCUUGAAAAAGAUAAUUAUUAUGCUCAACUAAUAAAUUUUUUCCUGUCAGUGUGACCCUUUAGUUUGAUAAUAAGGGAUAUUUCCACCUUGGAUAUCGCAUUCCGCAGUUCAAGAGGAAGUGUGUUAAAAAGAAUCUACUCUGGAGUAAGUCCGAGCAUUUUUACGUCAUUGCGUUCCUGAUCAACUUUGAUCCGUACAGCAUCACGACAAAAGUUUACACGAAUGGAGUAGUUGAGGUUUCUUUUACUGUUUACGAAAUAAGAAUGAUUGAGGAAGAGAGUAAAGUUCUGAAUCCCAAGCAACAAUUUCAGUCGAAUGAUCUGCUUUAAUGCAGCUAGAUGUCAUUGUUUAAAUGCACUAAUUUCUCAGUCUGGAAAUAUUUGAGCCGUUUGUGCAUGAAUGUAUUGCUUGCCUUGAGAUGUUCUUCUCAAACAUAAAAUCAGAAGAGGAACAAACGAGUGUGGCAAGAAGAAGUGCUUCAGCCAAAAACCUGAACGUGGAACUUGAUGUCUGUGAUAUGUGAUUGCUGAUUCUUCAAGUAAACACUAAUUAGGAUUCAAGUUUCUGAAGAUUUGGGGAAUAAUAACAUUUUAAAGCUUCAUAUGCUCCCCCUCCUAAGUUAUCCGCAAUCUUAAUAAGUACUCUGUCAAUCUUGACAAAGUUAAAACAUUAGUAUCAUAUAUCGUAUACUACUUCUCCAUUUCUGUAGUUUAAAGGUUUUUUUUUUCAUUUUCAUAGCUGCAAAAGCGGAACAUCUAAACAGUGAAGAAGAAGAUGUAUUGAAAGUGUUACUACUCCUCACUCCAAUUCAAUAAGAGUUCUUCCCUAUUUA